AACGAUAAAAAUGACGCAGCUGCCAUUCUUUAUUAUUGAUUCACCCGGUUUCGUUAAGUGACGUAGUCGAAUCGGAUCUUCUACCGGUUCUGCACCGACCACUUUCCGACACGUACCCUUUCGCCACCGAAAGAAAUGCCACUUUACAAUAUGGCGCCCCGCCAUCUCCCGUUUUGAUUAGUCGAUCGGCAAAUUUCGCGUUUUAUCGCCACUGCCGCGAGAACUACGGCAAUUCCGACGCGUUCUAGUCUGCGAAAAAGUUUCGGGUUACUCAAUUUCCGUUUCCUGCUUAGGUAAACGGAGCGCGCGCUCGGCGCGGCGCGGCGCCGGGAGAGAAACUCUUUAAUUAAUUUCCCUAAUUCGCGACAAAAAUUUCUGGGAAAAACGGCCGCGUUCCGCAGCGUAUCGAUCGGCCGGGUUACGUCAAUGCGUUAUUUCGCGCCAGUGUGUCGGGCGUGCGCCCUUCCAUCCCGUCGGUCGACGUCCGGAAAGCCAGAGCGAACGAAGUGGCGGUCGAAAGAGCGGAAGAAGGGAGGAGAACGGCGCUUCCGCUUCCGGGCGGAAGGACGAGAAGCGCGGAGCGGAGAAGAGAGGACGAAAGCGUCGGCGCGCGCGCCGUCCUCGACGGAGUUUCGCCUCCGCCCGCCGAGGCGAGGCGCGUUUUUAAAAGUCGGUCGGGCCUCUACGUCACCCGAUCGAUGGCCGUCGAGCGUCGAGGCGGCCGCCGCCGGGAGUAGGCGACGAGAGCGCGGCGCGAGAUCGUCAGUCGGGCCGUCAGCCGGACAAGGGGUAGCAGUCCGAUGAAUGAGCGCCGGUCGCAACAUGCACGCUUCACCGAUCUGACGCGAUCUCUGCACAGGACCGGAAAGAAGUUUCGCAUCGCACCCGCCGCCCACCUGGUGGCCGCCGCCAAGAGGCACCCCUCCACCGCUACGACUGCAUCUGUGGCAAAUGGCAAUGGUGGAAAUGCAGCAACUGUACAAACGCACAGCACGUCGGGAUACGGAAAAGGCGACGGUUCCCUAGAUAAUCAAAAGCUGACGGUUACAAAACUUUCUACCAUUCAUGCCCAGGAGAAAAAGAAACAACAUUCGGUUACAAAGGAAUUAAAAAAUCAAACGAGUGUGUCAAGGAUUAGUCAACCUUUUACCGAUAUAUUUGGUACCCCAAUAAAGACUAGACCAUCUCCUGAUCAUACGGGAAAAUCUAAAGAAAGCGGAAAUGCUGUUCAUCAAAGCGGCCACAAAAGUUCGUCGAAUCACAAAUCCCUCAAAACGUCGACGAAUGCCCACUCUUCCGGCGGCGUCCAGAAUGCAGCGAAAGACUGCAAGAGCGCUCGCGUAUCUAAGGAGAAAAGUUUUGCGGAAAAGGAGACUAAAGAACAGAAGCCGGUCAAGAGCGGAAAACACCCGGAGAAGGAGGGCAAACAGUCGGGGCUGAAGAGACACACUUCUCCCCCCUUCGGACGGAACGCGGAAGGCAUUCCCGGCAAGAAGAGGCCCCGCAGCGCCUCCACCUCGUCGGAGAACAGCUCGGUGCUGUCGGCGGCGGGGGACAGAAAAGACGGCUGCAAGACGAAGAGCAAAGAGUCGAAAAGCAAGGACAAACGCAAGAACAGGGCGACGGACGAAGAGCGGGCGAGUAGCAAGAAGGAGCGCUCCAAGGACAAGGCCAAAUCGUCCAAACACAAGAAGGCCACUCCGGAGCCCGGCAACGGCGCCUCUCCGGACGUCCGGAAGACGGCCGGCGGGCCCCAGGAAACGGAGCGGUGCAAGACGCCCGAGGAACCCCAGCCCCCCUUGGCGGGAGAGGCCCCCGACCUGGGCGAGCGGGAGGAGGCGGGCAGCAGCCCCUCGUCCAGCCUCAGCCUGUCGCCCGUGCCGCCGGGCGGCAGCCACGGUCCGCUGGCCACCAUGAUGGCCGAGAUGGAGAAGGACUUGCUCUCCCCUCUCUCCAGCGAUCCCCCGUCUCCCGUCCGACCCGACUCCCCUCCGCCCGAGCCCGGCCCGGAGCCCGACCGCGUUAGGGAGGAAGCGGAAGCGGUCCCGGUGCCGGCCAAGGAGGAAGAGGCCUGGGCUAGGAGCGCGAAAGAGGAGGCGGAAAAGCCGGGGAGGGCGAAGAAGGAGCAGGCCAAGGCCAGGAAGGAGGAGGGCGAGGGCAACAACAAAAGCAGGAAGGAGGUGGUCGGCAAACAGGCCAACAAGAAGGACGAGGAAGAGAAGAAGAAGCAGAUGGAGUCUUCGUAUCUGAAAGAACUGGUGGCGCUGCAGCGGCAGAUCAUGGCCCUGAGAGACAGGCAACUGCUGCAGAAGAUCGUCGACGUCAUCGAGGAGACGGGACGCUACAACAUCUCCAGAUCGUCUUUCGACUUCGAUCUCUGUCUCCUGGACCAGUCCACCGUUCGCAAACUGCAGAGUUGCCUGACGGUCAAGUGAUGGGCGGUGGGAGGUCGGGCACGUGCCAAAGUGCCGCCGCACCCGGUCCCGAAAGAGAAACCGGACGUCGGUCGGCGGUCCGACUCGCGCCAAAUGUAAUUAUUCGUUCCAGCUGUGAUAAAUCGCGUUUUAAAAUGCCCCGCCGCGUCGCGCGUUUCCAAUUUUAUACGCGAUUCCACGCAAAGUAAACGGUUUUUAAGAGUGGGAGUGGCCGAGGUCGCCCGUCUCCGUUCUUUUUUAAGCACAAAUCGAUCCGCCGGGCGGCGUUGGAAGAUGUCUUAACGCCUUUCUAAAGACCUAUUUUGAAUAUUCUUUUGGUUUGCCCAACUGCCGCGACUCCGGCCGAAUUUCUUGUCUUUAUUUUCUUACUUUCCUCGCGGAAUCGGAGAGAGCGCCCGCGGUUCGAUCGAUGGCCCGUGCCGAUCUACCUCUUUUAGUUGAGACUCGUUCGAGUCCCUUAGUCGGCCACGUCCCUGGCGGCUGCGUGGUUCGACGGAAUGCAUUUUUUAAGUAUCUGUGAUAAAACCGACCGAAUUUUUUUCGACAAUAAGUUUCUUUUAACCACGCCAUUCGUUCGAUUCGGUACACUCCGCGUUACGUCCGGGUGUAAGGUAUACUUUCCGUUUCGAUAUACAAACGUCGGGACCGCUCGAGUGUUUAGUUGGCUUCGACACGAGUGUCCCGGGUUCAGUGCCAAAACCGUCCCCCGAGAGGCGACGGUGGCGAGUUAUCCGAUUUUGUUCCUAAUGUUUUCGUAUCUUAUCGAGUCGUUCUUUAGUUAAGUACUAAAACUGUUAAUUAUCGGCUUAAUUUGUGUAAUUGUAUAAUAUAUUGUUGAGUAAAUUUAAUGAUUUUAUUCAAUUA